AUGCUUACGACCGAAAUCGGUGAAGCCGAUCGUAAGCCACACCGCAUAUUUUCGUCUUUAGGCCCUGCCCAGGCAAUGCCAAGCAAGGCAUUGCGUGUUCACGCAGCUCUAGCAACGAAUACCGAGCAGCGCAAGCAUCGUCUACGUGACAGUGUCACCGCAUGCCGCACUGUGAUUGGUCAGUCGCGUGCAUACAAAGUGAGCGUGCGCACUCGGGAAUGCGCGCCUGCUCGCGUAGUUAUCGAUUUUGUGGUCCGACAUGCGCAUCGCUGCGCCCGCCGCCUUAACUCGCCCCUGCUUCAACCCGUGAUAUCCAAGGUGAUGGGGAAAAACUGA